AUGGGACCCAGUGACAGCCCGUGCUUCAGCCCCUCGAGGAGAGGUCAGUUCCUCAAGCCUCCCUUCCAGGGCGAGGAGGCCACCCAGCCCCCAGCCGUGACCCACGGACUCCCAGGCGUCGGGUUCUGUGAGCACAGGAGGAGUUCUGGGGUGCUCACCUGACCUGGACUUGUGUUCCCCAGGUACUUUCUGGUGUCAGGUGGAGCUACCGAUGUCCUGUGCCACCCAUUUUUACUGCUGAAUUCAGAAUCCAAAAAGCCAAGAUGGCCUUUCUCCAGGAGAGAAGUGGGCAAAGACAAACACAAAUACAUAUCCAAUCUGGAAGACUGCCUCUCCUCUCUGAAGACUACAGACUUCAGGGAUCAUGAGUUCCACAGCCUGAAGGAUAAGACCUGGAAUGAAGUCAUGGAAACACAGCAGAAAUUUCCUACUAAUCAAUUAGUGAGAAAGUAGCAAGAGGCUUUGUGGGAACGCUUCACGAGUGAGUGCACUUAUUUCUUGGACCACUUACUAGUUCUUAUGAUGAUCUUCGUGAAUACAUUGAAGUAUCUACAAACUCAUGAAGAGCUCCUGGAUGUGGAUUUACGGAGGUCUGCAAACCCAGAGGAGUUAAGUGAGACAAACUUUGGUUUUGUGAACUGUCUUUUCGACAUUAUCAAGGACUAUAUCUACCCUUCCGAGACUUCACCAUCCUUGGAUUUCAUUUCCAUGCUCACAAAGUAUUUCUGAGGAAGCCUGUGCCAGAGCCACCAGACCGACUGCCUGAAUUAUGCAGCUGCUGUCUUUUAUCUUGAGAGCCUGAGCAGAGAUGACUUCAGAAUUUAUUUAAAAUGGUGUGAGCAAAAUGAACAGUGCAGACAGCUUCACAUGCCUGAGCUGCUAGUGGCCCCCUGCGUGGCCAAAUUGAUACCCCUGUUGCCAAAGAAAGUCUGGAAAAGGAGUACAGAUACUGGGAAAAUCAUUAUCUGCUUCAUCAAGGAGAAGGUGGAAAAGUCAGUCUGGGCUCUUGAAGGAAACGUGAAGUAGCUCAAUGGUUUUGAAAAAUGCAGACUACAGGAGAUUGUAGUGUGGCCUCCACUUUGGAGUAGAGAGAAAAGGUUUUUUAUUCCAGAGUGCCUGAAGCACAUUUUAAAAGAACACAUGGCAAAAAACAUCGUGUCACCAACCACCAGACACCUUCUCUGCAAAGGCAAAUGAACUCUCGAAGAGAGCACAAGAUUCCUCGAUGUUUAUCUGUUUCUAUCUAAUGAUUUCCUCUUAGGAAACUAAGCACAACAAGGUAAAAUACAGCUUGGACCCAGUUUAAUGUGUCCUUCACUCACUCGUGAGCUGCAAACAGUAAUCACAGAGGGUGGCUCAUGGACGGUGCUUGAUCAGCCCAUUCCUCUCCACAGCUUGGUCGUCAAUCUUGAUCCACUCCACAUAUCAAACUUUGGGCUGAGAAACGCUUUCUUCACUAGACGGGGACGGCGGCAGUGUAUAGCAUCGUUCUGAUUACAAGCCCAAGUGGGAGACAUCUGA